UUCUACUGGGGGCUGCCUGCAAUGGGGGCACACCUUAAUGGGGGCUCCUUUCUACUGGGGGCUGCCUGCAAUGGGGGCACACCUUAAUGGGAACUCCUUUCUACUGGGGGCUGCCUGCAAUGGGGGUACACCUUAAUGGGGCUACCCCGCCAGCGUAGCCUCCCCAUACAGCUGCUUCUCCUUAAGGGAGGCUUGCUGCAAUGGGGACUCUUCCACAACAGGGAUUCCCCGCUGCGGGGGCUCCCCUUACCGGGGGAGAAUUACCCUUUCCCACGGGUCCCCGCCCGGGGUGCGCCGGGCAGGGGGCGGCAGAGCCCUGAACAGCUCAGCGUACAUGUGGCGGCCGGGGCUGGGCUGUCCCAUCCUGUCCCAUCCCCUCCCUCCUCCGGCCGGCCCACACGCACACCCAGCCCUCUCCCUCCUCCUCCUCCUCCUCCUCCCCCCCACUUCCUCCUCACAAUGCGGGCUGCCGGCCGAGCGGGGCAGCGCCAGAGGGGCCCCCCCCGCCGCCGAGCCCCCCGCCCGGCCCCGUAGCGAUGCCCCGGGAGACGCACCGCGCCGUCGCCGCUGCCGGAGGAGGGCCAGCUCACCUCUCCUGUUGCAUGCCCUGGUCUGGACACUGGCAGCAACAUAUAAAUGGCCUCAAAACGGCACUUGGAGUCCCUGGAUCCUGUGAUUUUCAACAAGCUACCUCGGCUGGAGACGGAGCCCGCUGUCAGCUUCCCCAAUGGCCUCUGCAAAUCCAACCCUUUGCCCAACCCCAGCUCCGAAAACCAUUUCAACUACAAGGGCUCCUACUUCGCCUGCCCGCUGCAGAGCCCUGAUGGCCCUGAGCAGCCCCUGGCCCGCUGGAGCCCGGCAGCCGCUUACCUGCCCUACGGCAGCGGUGCCGGCAGCCAGCCCGUGCCGGCCGAGGGGCCGCUGCUCACCUGCCUGCUCUACCGCCCCGACAGCCUGGGGGCCGGGCUGCAGCCCCCAGGCACCGAAAAGGGCAAGGACGGCCUGAUGCGGGAGCUGCUGAUGGCGAGGGAGAAGUGGGGCAGCCCGCCGCCUGUGCCGGGACACCCCUUCCCGGUGAAGAAGCCGGUGGCCGUGAACAAGGUGGCCCCCCUGGCUGUCCCCAAGCCAGUGUACAGAGCCCCGGCGUGCUUUGUGGACCCCAGGAUGGCCCUGCCGCUGGGACCCCGCGCCGGAAGCCUGCAGCAGAGACGGGGGGAUGCCGACUGGGCUCUGCCCGCCGCCAGCCACCCGCUCCUCCCCGGCGAGUCCCGCGGUGGCACCGGGCUGCACAGGAGGGGUCCCCACUCCGACCCCAGCCUCCUGCCGCUGCACCCCAGCCUGGCACUGCCCGCCAAGGAGAAGGUGGGCUCCCCUGUCACCUUCUCCCCCUAUUACACGGCCUUUGAGAAAUACAGGGGUUCCCCCGACACCCCGUUCUUGGAAGCCAGCUGUCCCGCUACCCACAGCCAGGGAAAGGUGCCCGAGGUCCCCAGCCUCAGCCUGGACCCCUGGCCCAAGCUCCAGCCACCCGCUGCCAGCCCAGCACCGCGGGAGAGGCCACCAACAUGCUACCCACACACCCACUACCCACUGCCCCUCCACAAGGCCGCCCUCCUCUACCCUCCACCGCCCCACGCCGUGGAGGCACAGCCCAGCACCCUGCCCGAUGCCUACAAAGCCUUUGGCUCUGUGGGAAGUGGGGAGCCCUUUCCUGGCUCCUACCUGAAGCCUCAAGCCCCCAGGAGCUACUUUCCCAGCCCCUUGGACACCUACGUGCCCAGGACAGCCGGUGCGGUGGCAUCACCACCCACCAAGUCGGCAGCCCUGCCAAGGGACGCUGAGCUGCCACGGAGAGCCGGCUACUUGCCCAGCCCCGGCUUUGCCUUCAGCCCCAGUGAUGCAGCUGCAUUCGGUACCUCCUUUGCCAGCACCGAGCCGGGCUGCGAGCGGCACCGGGCGGAAAGUCCCCAGCGGCAAGUGACAGCGAGGCAGAACAGCGCUUUCCAACCCGUCUGUGGCUCUGAGAAAGUGUCUGGGGGCUCUGGUGGACUCACAGAGACAUUGCCCAAAGGAGAAGGGGGCUGGAUGAAACCCAGCCGUGGGGAGCAGGAGCCCCCUUACCUGGGGAAGAGGAGAGCCAGCCCGACCCUCCAGGAACCUCCCCACAGGGGACCACCGGCUCCCAUCAUUGUAGGGAAGGGAGAUGCUGGCAAGGUGAAGGAUGCAGCCAAGGAGCUCGUCCCCACUGCUCCAUCCACCCCGCCUCCAGAGGGGCUGAAGGACCCGAGGGACAGCGAGGUCCCUCCUCCCUCCCCGCCCAUGCCUGUGAUCAACAAUGUCUUCAGCCUGGCGCCGUACCGAGACUACCUGGAGGGGACUGAUGGCUCAGCCCAGGUCCCCUACUCCAGGGAGCAUCUGCAGCGGGACACCCCACCCCAAAACACGAGGGGCAGCCGGGAGCCCGCUGCCAUCGGAGAUGUCUCAGCAGCGUCCAGCCUGCUGCCCACAGGCACGGCGGCUGGCCGGGCGAUGAAGACGGGCAGCGGCGUGGUCCAGAGCCAAGGGGAAAGCUGUUGUGGAAGGGUCCCCGAAAAGUCAAAGCUUGUGCCCCAAGACUCGGGGUCUCGGGGGGGCAGCCCUGGUGGGGCAGGGAGCAGGGACCUGGUCCCCGGGGACAUCGUGCUGGACCUCAGCCUGAAGAAGAGGCUGGUCAGAGCCGGGGAGACCCAGGGACCUGCUGGGCAGACGGAUGGGGAGGAUGCAGAGCGGGAGAAGGAGGGUUUGGGGGGGAAAGUGAGGGAGGGCGAGGAGGCCAAGCCCCCGGCACCCCCCUUGCUGCUGGAGGUGAGUUCUGGCUACAAGAGCAACUUCCAGAGCUCAGCUGCCUUCAUGUUCAAAAAAUACAAGAUCCUGCGCUCCCUCCCACCCAGCACUGGGUCCCCCCGUCCACCCGGCAGCCCCCACACCCCCCAGCCCAGCCCGCCACCACCAGCUCCCUCCAGCAGCCCCCCUGCCUCCCCACCGGCCCGCAGCCCCCCACCCCUGCAGCCCAGCACCUCGGCUCCGCGGGGGGCUCACCCGGAGCCGCAGCCCCCGCUGCCCGCAGCCCCCCCAGCAGCAGGUGAGGAGAGCGCCUGGCCGGGCGGGCAGCGCCAGCCCCCGCAGCCCCCGGCCGGGCAGGACUUCGCCUCCCUGCACGCCUCCCUCUGCCACACCAUCUCCUGCUCCGUGUCCCGCUCCUCCCCGCAGCUCCUGCGCGAGUGGCUGCAGAGGGCAGAGCCGGACGAGGAGCCGGGAGAGACGCCCAAAUCCCCCCCCAAGCCCAAGAACGGCUCCAAGGUCCCCGAAGCUCAGAAGCGCACCAAAGGCAAGGAGAUCUGGCUGGCUUUCCAAGAUGUGCCCGCCCUCCUCGCCAACCUGCUGUCUCAGCUGAAGACCUUCAUGUUUGCUUGCAAGUGUCCUUUCCCCCACGUGGUCCGGGCAGGGGCUAUCUUCAUCCCCAUCCACGUGGUGAAGGAGAAGCUCUUCCCCAAGCUCCCCGGGGCCUCCGUUGACCAAGUACUGCAGGAGCACAAGGUGGAGCUGCGUCCCACCACGCUCUCAGAGGAGAGGCACCUGCGGGACCUGGAGCUGAAGAGCUGCACCUCACGCAUGCUGAAGCUCCUGGCUCUCAAGCAGCUCCCCGAUAUCUACCCGGACCUGCUGAACCUCCACUGGCACGAUUCCAUCCGGCAGCAGCUCGGUUGGAGCUCACAGGCUGACCAGCGUCCCUCCAAGUAGGUGACUCCUCUGGCGUGAGGCACGGGGAGCUGAUGGCACAGUGACAGCCACGGGGAGCAUGGAAGGGAGCCAGUAAAGAACAUGCCAUGGGCAACAGCUGAGCUGCCUGCCUGCGAGGAUGGGAAAGGGAUGGUCCCCCUCGUCCCCAGAGCAGGUGCCCUCCUGGCAGGGACACGGCACCAGGAUGGGGCAGGUGGAGCUGGAGGGCUGGAGCAUUUGUAGCCACCAGAGAAGGAGCGUGGCCAUGGCCCCUGGGGACAGGCUGGCUGCUGUGGGGCUGGCUGACCACGUCCCCUCCUCUCGCCUUCCCUGCUUUACAUACAUCGUGCCCAAUAAACCCACCUUCCUCCUGGCGUUUCAUCUUUACACGCAGACUUCACACAGCGUGAUGGGUCAAGGGAAUCGCAACUUCUGUAGUUGCAGGACUGAUUUUUUGUUGUUGUUUUAAAUGAAGACAUUUUAAAAAUGUUUUGCAUUUACCUUUAUAAGGAGCUGCUGCCUUCAGGUUUGCUGUUAGUAGUUUUUUUUUUAAUAGUAAUUUAUAUUUGUCUUUUUAUUUAAACUCAUGGCUUCACCUGUUUACCGUGCCGGCCCGAGGUAGCGGGAGCGAUGCUGUUCAGGCUGAGCCUUUCAGUCUUGAUCGCAGCUGACAAGGGCUGCACGAAAGAUUUAAAGACUGUUCGAGAAAACCAAACCACUUUACAACCCAGAUCCGAGGACGUGGGAGAUGAUGCACAUCUGGGGAUGACCUUGGUGGAGAUGGAGCGACCCUGGUGUGACCAGAGGGGCAGGAGCAGGAGUGAUGCUGCGAGAGCUCGGAAGGAGAAAUUCUUCCAUCCCGCAGCACCAAGAGCUCGAUGGGCGUCCCGGGAGGGAUCCUGGCAGCCAGGGACGGACAGACGGACUCGGCGGGUCUGCAGCGGCGAUGCACAGCAGCGGCCUUACAAACUCAACACUCAGGUGUUUUUCCAACUGAUGCAGGGCACGGAGGAGCAAAAUGAGGAUUAUUAUUAUUUGUUUUUUAUUUCACUACAGGAAAUAUUUAUUUUAAAUUAAGAAAAUGGAGGGGAAAAAAAGGAAAAAAAAUACCCAAACUGUACCAUAGACUCUUUUUAGCCAAAAGGUGCCGUGUAUUCUGCAAGUGCCUUUCUGGUUUCCACUGGGUUGUACACAUCAGGUCUGUGCCUGGUGUCGUACAGCCAUUUGGAAAGCAGUGUGUGUUAAUGCUAUCAUCCUUUUGUAUACAUACAUAUAUGUAUAUGUGUGUGGUUCCAGGGAAGAAAGUUCCUUUGCAUUAUUUAAUAUUUUGUAAGAAUACGGAUUUCACAAGGUGCCUCGCCCAAUUAAAAGGGUUUGGCUUCUUUUCAGA